AUGUCAUCCCUGGAUGGCGAGGUAUGCGUGGUGACAGGAGCAUGCGGUUUCCUGGGAAAGACGCUGAUCAAGAUGCUGCUUGAGCAGGAGAAAAACAUCGGCGAGGUUCGGCUCCUCGACAUAAACGUCAAAAAGGAGGUGCUGCAAAGCCUGCAAGAAAUCCGUGGCGACAUUAAACUUACAGUGUUUGAGGGCGACAUUCGAGACGCCGACUUUGUGAGGAAGGCGUGUCGGGGAGCCACACUAGUCUUCCACAUCGCCUCCAUCAUCGACGUCACAGAGGCCGUCGAGCCCAGCGAGAUAUAUGGAGUGAAUGUGAAAGGGACCGAGAAUCUCCUGGAGGCUUGUGUCCAGGAGAAUGUGGCCUCUUUCAUCUACACCAGCACAGUCGAGGUGAUGGGCCCCAACCUGAAAGGCGACCCGGUGGUAAAUGGCCACGAGGACAUGGCCUACCGUUGCGCCCUCAAGUCAUCCUACAGCAGGACCAAAAAGGAAGCAGAGGUUCGUGCCCUGGAGUACCACGGCGAGUGGCUGCCUGAUGGCGGGCGCCUGGCCACCUGCGCCCUGAGGCCCAUGUACAUCUACGGGGAAGACUGCCGUUUCCUGUUGGGCCACAUGGCGGACGGGGUGCGCAAUGGGGACGUCCUCUACCGGAUGUCCCAACGAGAGGCCAAAGUCAACCCGGUGUAUGUAGGUAACGUGGCGGUCGCCCACCUCCAGGCCGCCCGCUGCCUUAAGGACCCCGAGCGCCGGGCGGACGUAGGCGGAAAGUUUUACUUUGUGUCUGACGACACGCCGCACAUCAGCUACUCAGACUUCAACUACGCCAUCAUGUCACCCCUGGGCUUCGGCAUCCAGGAGAGGAUGAUGGUGCCCCUGCCCCUGUUCUACGUGUUUUGUUUCCUGUGGGAAAUGGUGUGCCUAAUGCUUCGGCCUUUCCGCCGGGUGGUGCCGCCCAUCAACCGGCAGCUGCUCACCAUGCUCAACACGCCCUUCAGCUUUUCCUACGACAAAGCCAAACGUGAGCUGGGUUACACGCCUAAGUACACCUGGCAGCAAGCGCGAAGUAACACCACCCAGUGGCUUGCGCAACAGCUGCCCAUUCAGCGCCAGGAAAUAUGGAAAAAAUAA